AUGUGGCUAACUAAGCUUCAGAAUGAUGAAGUUAUAUUCAACUACCUCACAACAAAGGGCAUUGAGUGGAGAUUUAACCUGUCACGCUCUCCAUGGUGGGGUGGUUUCUUUGAGAGACUCAUUGGCAUCACAAAAAGAGCCCUAUCCAAAACUAUAGGACCAGCGCUGCUGAUGUUCGAAGAACUCGAGGAAGUACUGCUGGAUGUAGAAGUUUUCAUGAACAACAGACCAUUGUGCUACAUGGAGGAAGACUUAGAACAAGUAGCUAUCACUCCAAAUAUGUUGUUACGCGGACAGCCAGCACGUUACCUAGAGGACAAUGUUCAUGACUUAGAUGCUGACAUAGGCAAACGUCUAAAAUACAUUAAGACCUGUAGAGAACAUGUACGUAAACGUUGGUUAAAUGAAUAUUUACAUGCAUUACAGGAGCGUAAUACCAAGGGGUUAGAAACCAAAAAGCAUAAAUUGCCAGGAAAGAACUCUGUUAUUCUACUGAAGGACUCAACAAAGAACCGAGCAAAUUGGAAGAUAGGACGCAUUGUAGAUACCAUUGUUGGUAAGGACGGAGUGAUCAGAGGAUACAAAAUCAAGACAGGCAGUGGCUACAUCGUUGAAAGGCCACUCCAAUUGGUUUGUGAUCUAGAAGUCAGCAAUACAAAUGAUGAAACUCCAGUGGGUGAUGAUAUUAAAUCAGAAGAACCAGAUGGGACCCUCAAGACCCAGAAUGUGAGUCGUCGAAGUCGAAAGGCAAAGACUGCUGCAGUGAAUCGCUUAGUUGGUGUCAUUGCAAACAAGAUUGAAGACGAUUAG